AUGCUCCUCCGUCUGCUUACCCGCCUCUUUGCCGUCUUGCCUGUUGUACUAGUGUUUGGUGCUCUUGUAUCGAGCGCCCCCGUCAGUACGGAGACGCAUGUGACUUCCUGUGGUGACACUUGCUUCGCCAACCGCGCCUCUGGUGGUUCUAUCUACUCUAUCUUGACUCAGCUCCGAUUCGAUCUCAACAAAGAAUGCGAUCUAGUUGAUGAGCAUUUAAAGGCCGGUACCAACCCCAUCGAAGCUUUCAAGGCAAUCAUUUCGGAUUUCAAUGUCGCUGCCGCCAAAAUCAAUAACUUGCCCAAGGGUAUGGCCAGCCUACCUGACGGCAAGGGUCCUGAGGUUGUAAAAGCUUGGACUGGCAUACUCACUGAUUUUACUACGCGAUCUGCCAAGUGGCAAGGACAUAGGACACGUGCCAUUGGUGAUAUUUUUGCGGGCCUUUCUAUGCAAAUAGGCGGCGCUGUCUCGGCUGCACAAGGUGCCCUCACUGGCGCAUUGGGUGGUCUCCAAACAUUGGGUUCACAGAUAUUGGAUGCUAGUAAACCGCAUUGGGAACAAUUGCAAGAGCAGCUUGUAGGUCAUGGGCUCAAUGCUCUUGGUUCAUUAUUGGAAACUAUCAAUAAUGUACACGGCUCGGUUAUUGGAGACCGCUCCACAACGUAA